AUGCGUGCGUUGAAAGGCAAAGUGAGUGGUGUGCCGGGUAGUGAGUUGUUGUCGGCGUUGUUAAACCCAGAUGGGAGCAAGCCGAAGUUGGACGACUGUGUGGCGCAGGUGGCGACGAUACAAAUUGGUGAUAGCAGUGUGAUGGCUGUGGCGUUGGCACCGAAGAGCGCGUUUGAAAUUGACGGCAAGCCGGCGGCAGUUUCAGGCAAGCACUACGGGUGGCACCGUCGCUGGAGCCGGGUGAUGGUAUGGCGGCCGGAGGGGGCGGAGAACAACGGGCGAGCCGAGGCGACAAUCCAGGCAGAGUUAAUGUCGCGGCUUAUGAUUGCGAGACUUCCAUGGGAGGCGGUUGUCUCGCUGUGCCGGGAGGUCUUUGGCGAAAAACAGGAGCACGCGUUGCGAGGUCUCAUGUGCGAGUGCAAAGAGACGGGCGAGCCGGUCACCCAAAACAGAAUCGACGGCGUUACAACCCGGCCGAUAGAGGCUUCCGAAUUCGAGGAAAUCUCGGCGCUGGUGCCCGAGGAAUGGAAACCAGUGCUGGAACGAAGAGCGAACUGGAACGUUCCGGAGUGGCGGGAAGUGGAGAACGCGCGCAUGGGCUCGAGACGGGGCCCAUCCGCCGGAUCGAGUCGCGCCUCGAGUCGCGGAUGGGCUCUUUCUAAGCUCUUCAGGCGUUGA